CCAAUUUCUCUUGUUGAGAGCAUACAUUGAAGUUCGCGUUUGAUAUCACAUCUGCUCUCUCUCAUCCUCACCCCUCGAAACUUCACUGCAUACAGUCAAAUUCUCCUUCAACACCCCUUCAUCCUCACAAACGACAAGAUUUAACGUAGUGAGCUACGAAGAACGAGCGCAAUCCGGGCUAAACCCGGGCACUACUUUGCGCGGCGGAGGAAGAGAGACGUCACACGCAGGGACGCGCAGCGGCUCACUCGCAACUCGGCCUCACACGAGUCGAAAAUGCUGCUUUCGAUAAUAACCGAGUGACCUUUGAAUUUCUUGAUUUAUUCGUACAUUCUGCUAUGGAUGUGAUACCUUCAACCUCACGGUGUAAUAGUGCGGUGAAUAAGCAAUUUAGUGCCGUAGAAAUCGAGCUCUACUAUUUGAUCAAAAAGUAUUUAUCGUCCGGUCCCUGCAAGAAAGCGUAUGAGGUGCUGAGGGCCGAAAUUGAAGAAAAUCAGUUGCUACCGAAGAGAUAUGACUGGCUGGGCAACGAACAUAGGAAAUCACUCGAUGAAGUGGAUCGUCAGCUUGGACAUCUUAGUAAUGACCACCUUCUGCGUGUGGUCUCCCGUCUUGGGCCUGCAAUCAAUCAGCUAGUCAAGCUUCCAUACCCUACAGCUACUACGCUAUUAGGGGCUGGUACUCAGUCAUUGCUGCGCACAGAAAAUGACCUGUACAAGAGUUACAAGACCCUGUCAGAUGUAGUAGUUCGCCACCGUGGUUAUCCCCCUCUUGAGCCAGUGCGGUAUCUAGGGCCUCCCUGCCUCACACAGACGAUCUUGGGAAGAGAACUUCAGGGUACCAUCAACCAAAAACAUGUGGUCACAAACAAGUUCUACAGCCGCAUUCAGCUGUACUUCCGCUCAGUCGGACACCUUUCUGCGGUCUACUGUAUGCUCUUUGACCGCACAGGAAAGUAUGUUCACUUUAGAUUUAUGUGAAAUUUAAGAGGGGUG